AUGAAUCAUCGGAGGUCUUCAAAGUAUGGGCCGCAUCGAGACAAGCGAAAGGCCAUGAGGCAAGGGUUGAUCGCUUCGCAGUCCCAGCUUCUGGCGGACAUGACCAAGCGUCUGGAGCAGCAGGAGGCAAGCCACCGCCAAAAGCUGCACAAGGCGAUGAUCCAGCACGACAACAAGACCCGCCAACUGGAAAAGGAGCAUCGGCGGCAGCUGCAGGAGACUGGCGCGGACGACCUGAGGGGGCGGAUCCGCAGACUCGAGAAGGACAAUGCCUCGCUUCGGAUGCAGAAUGAGCAGCUGGAGGCAUCGCUCAGCAAGUCUUUGACAGUGGAGGCUGAGCUGAAGCACGAGCGUGAACGAGCUGACAAAGCAGAGGCGAGCAGGGAGUCCGAUUUGCAGGCGCAUCGCAAAUUGCGGAACAAGCUUUACGACCAGGUGUACACCCUCUUUAAGACGUUGAACGAGGUGGCGCCGGCGCACGCAACGAUAUGGGAGUGGGGUGAAAAACAGCAGGAGAAGCAGCUGGAUGAGGCCAUUGGCCGAGGAGCCUCUGCAGGGUCAGGGUCGUCUAGGCCGUAG